AUGAGUGAAUAUAGCUUUUUGGACCGACUUGCGGCUCUCGACACCAAUGCCGUGUCUGAUGCCUUGGACUUCCUCCAACUGAAAGGAGCCACGUACGGUCUAAGACCUCUAUGGGACUGCCCAAAGAUUGUUGGACGCGCUAGCACGGUGCAAGUUGGACCUAAAACAGACAAUGCCGCCACUGCCCAUCCAUUCACCCCCGUCAUUGAUGCGGUGACGACGGACGACCGCAUUCUCGUGAUUUCUGGGGGUCUGGAGGGCGUUUCAUGUUGGGGCGAUAUCAUUGCCAAUGCCUCGAAGACGAAGGGUAUCCGCGGCACCGUCAUUGAUGGUAUGUGUCGGGAUAUUGACGGCAGCCGCGAGGUCAGCUACCCUCUCUACGGCCGGGAUGUAACUAUGAUCAGUGGCCGUAGCCGAUUGGUGCAAGUCAGCUCCGGAACGCCGGUGCGAAUGCGUGGCGUCACUGUCUAUCAAGAUGACUAUGUCAUUGCUGAUGCUUGUGGCACGGUCUUCGUCCCAGCAAAGCACAUUGAUAUCGUCUUGAAACUAGCGGAACAAGUUAACCACCGUGAGACCCUAAUGGUUCAAGACGUUCGCGCCGGCAAGCCUGUGUCUGAGGUGAUGCAUGACGAACGAUUUGAAGCCAUCCGAAAAGAGACAUUAUCAGUGGCAGCCGCGGCUGGUUCUGUAUCCAACCAGAACCCCAAGAAAGCUAGUGCUGAGGAUCAAGCACUGGUGUCGCUAUUUGGCGGCUUGGACUCCCCUGCGGUCUCCGAUGCGCUAGAUAAACUUGGCAUUGCUGGACAGGCGUUUGGAAUUCAGCCGUUGUCCAAUUAUACAAAGGUUACUAUCGGCCCGGCCUUUACUGUACGCUAUAUACCCGCUAGUGACCCACCGGGAAGCGUGGGUGAUUUUAUUGAUGAUGUCGCCAUUGGGGAUGUUGUGGUGAUCGACAAUGGGGGUCGCAUGGAUUGCACUGUUUGGGGUGACAUCAUGACCCAGUAUGCCGGUAUACGCGGCAUCGGUGGUUCUGUUAUCGACGGCGUAUGCCGUGAUGUGAACCUUGCAAUUGAAGACGGCUACCCGCUAUUUACUGCUGGUCGUUGGAUGCGAACCGGCAAGGAUCGGGUUCAAGUUGGGGGUGUUAACGAGCCGAUUGGAAUCGGGAAGGUCCAUGUCAAGCCUCGGGAUAUCGUCGUUGCAGAUGCCAACGGUGUCGUGAUUGUUCCCCGAGAUAGAGCCCAUGAAGUAGCAGAUAUUGCACGAAAGAUAUCAGAGAGCGAAGACAAAAUACGAGAGCUGACGAUGAGUGGAGCUACGAUCGCCGAGGCACGACAAAAGCUUGGCUAUCACACUCUACAGCGAAAGGAAUAA